UCCCAGAGGAAGGGAGAGAACCCAGGAGUCCUGGCUCUCAUUCUGGAAGCGACUGCUGCAUGGAUUAACUCUCCCUGGAGGGUUGUUCCAUGGCAGGGGUGGGGUUGUUUUCUCCUGCCCGUUCCAGGAUGGGCGUGGGUGUGCUCACGCUGGGUCCCAGAGCUGGCAGGACAGGCUGGUCCGCUACUGGCGAGGACAUCAAGGCCCAAGCCAGCGCCUUCCGGCAGCAACAGGGGUUCUCCGCGGAGGCCGGGGGCAGGAAAGAGAACAUCAAGAAGAACCGGUAUAAAGACAUCCUGCCAUGUGAGUGUGGGAGCGGGGUGCUGGCCCUGGAAUGUGCAGCGUUAUGUGCAGCUGUUCCCCCAGCUGCCCCACCCCAGAGCUGGCUGCAUCUCAGCUCCAGACGAUCAGACCCGGGUCGUUCUGAAUCUCUGCACGGACGAAGGGCAGACGGACUAUAUCAAUGCCAGCUUCAUCCAGGGGGUGAAUAACAAGCGAUGCUACAUCGCGACCCAGGGGCCGCUGCCUCACACCGUCCUGGAUUUCUGGCGCAUGAUUUGGGAGUACGAGGUGAAGGUAAUUGUCAUGGCCUGUCGGGAGGUGGAGAUGGGGAAGAAAAAGUGUGAACGCUACUGGCCACUGAAGCAAGAACCGCUGCAAAUCGGGCCCUUCUCCAUCAUCCAGAUCAAGGAGCAGGAGCUGAAUCCAGACGUGAUAGUCCGCACGCUGAGCGUCAGCUUCCAGAACGAGGAGCGGCCCCUCACCCAUUUCCAGUACGUGGCCUGGCCGGACCGCGGGAUCCCGGACAAUUACAGCCAUUUCCUGGAGAUGAUUGAGCAUGUGCGAUUGAAACAGGGGGACGACCCAGCCCCCAUCUGCGUGCACUGCAGCGCUGGCUGUGGCCGGACCGGCGUGAUCUGCAUCUUGGAGCACGUGCGACACCUCCUCCUCCAACAGAGCAUCCCCCCGAAUUUCAGCAUUUUCGACAUCGUCCUAGCGAUGAGAAAGCAGAGACCGUCGGCCGUCCAGACGCUGGAGCAGUACGAGUUCCUGUUCCACGCCGUGGCCGAGAUGUUCCGCGCCGCCCUGGCCACCGCCAAGUACGAGAACCUCAAGCAGAACCAGCUGCCCCUGUACGACGACGCCGUGUCCCUGCGCCGCCCUGCGCCCCUCAACAAACACAACAGCGUCUUACGGAGCAUCUCGGUGCCGUCCGAGCCCACCCCGGACCUGCCCCCCAAGAUGAGUGACACCUACGCGGUGGUGAACAAGUUCCGGCGGGGGGGCGGGCCGGCGGCGGCCUCCUCCCAGGAGACCAGGCCUGGCGGGGGCAGCCCCGAGUGGUCCCCCAUCGACCCCAGCGGCUUCGGGGGGCUGCAGGCCAGCUACUCCCUGCCCGGGAGCCCCGUGAAACGCCUGCCACCCAGCCCCAGCUGCAAAUACACCCCCCACUCCACCAGCGCAGGUGACACCAGCCCCCGGGACCCCCCUUCGCCCUGCCCCAGCCCUGGGCGCGGGAAGACCCUGCUGCACACUACGAAACCCGCGGGUUUUGUGGCAUCUCCCCAGAAGAAGGCCUCCAGCUCCCCCCGCCUUGAGUCUACGGACAGCUACGAGGCCGUGGACCCCUCCCCUGGAAGGGGCUGCAGCCCCCUCGCCUCCCCGGGCAACGGUCUCGGCUAUAACUUCCGCAUUGGGAAGCCAAAGGGACCCCGCGACCCCCCAGCAGAGUGGACCCGGCUCUAGGGGGCCUGUGGAGUGGGUGGAGGUGCUGGGACCUGUGCCCCUCCCACCCCAACCCCAGAUGGACUGAGCCGAGCCGCGGCCCCAGCAUCACCCCCCGGCACAGAGCGAACCGCCACCAACUGACACCAGGCUGGGAGCCAGGACUCCUGGGUUCUCUCCCCGGCCCCGGGAGCGUCGUAAAGAACGGCACCUUUAACAUUCGAGCUAAGACCCACACCUUGGGGGGCCGGUGCUAAAUCCCGCCC